AUGCCUCGAAUACCGAGAGUAGGUGCUUUUGCCUCGCUACCAUCGGCCGUUGUCCCCGUUAACCGAGUUCCCUUCGUCGCCCGCGCCACUUUCUCAACCUCCACCCCCGUCAACGCUCUCGAUAGCAAGACACAAUGGAUCCGAAAGCAGCUGUGGAAAGGCGAGGCUCCUGGUGCUGAGGAUCCCUACACUCAACGUCCGGAGCCUGAGCCCACGAGCUUGCCUAACGAGGCCCUGGAAGCGUCACAAAGCGACCGCAGACCUGGCGCUGUUCGCAACACCCGCCUGGUCCUGCCCCCCACCCAUUCCGAGGCUUUGACCGAGAAGGAGAUCGAGUCCGUCGCUACUGAUUAUAUCCCUGCGACAACAAUUGAGGAUUUGGAGGAAAUCGAGCCUCUUAAGACAUGGUGGGAGCAGCCCGGACAUUGGGGUGAGGAGAGCGAAUUCCAGGGUUUCGGCAAGGCAGUAAAGGUGCAGGAUCAGGCGGUUUUGGAGGUUUACCUGCGUCAGGCUCUGGUCGAGUCGCUUUCAUACCAGCAGCGAGGUCUCCUUGAGGAAUAUGCGGCCAAGAAGUGGCCCAUGGGCAAAAGAUCCCACCUGGACCGAACACUAGCCGUCAGUAUUCGAUUCGAGAAUAAUGGCCAGCCUAUGUUGAACACUCACUUCCGAGUUGUUACUGAGGAGCUCAAGGCUAGGCCUGACGAGGAGAGGGUUGAGAUUUCACCCGAGGAGGCCAAGGAAAUGCUUAAUGCUUUGGACCCCUCAUGGAAGAAGGCCUCUCUGGGCAACGACCACCUCAAGUUCGCCAUUCGCAAGCGUCUCUACCAACUCACCGGCCAUUUUAUCCCCGACGUGAAGCUCGCCGCAGCCAACACCCCCAAGGAACUGAUCACCGUCGCCCUAACCAUCAACAAGCGCGGCAAGAAGCUCGCCGAGGUUCUCGAGGAGCAGAAGGGCUUCUCCAAGCUCCAAAAUGUCACAGUGCACAGCCGGAGAGUCACACCCAUCGACCGCGAGGUCUCAGUUGGUCGAUGGAAGGUCAUUGAGGAGGAGUUGCGGAAGCGUGAUCUGCCUGUUACUGGAACAGGGGGAUACGGUAAGAAUAAGGAGCGGGAUUGGUUGACUGGUAAGGCUUAA